GAUUUAUGGCAAGCGUGUGCGAUGAAAUUCGCUCAGAAUUCAAAACAAAAGCACUUAAAUGGUGCAGAAAGUACUUAGGAGGGAGCUGGAAAAAUCUGUCUUUGGAUGAGUUUUCCAUUGAACGGUUAGGGUACGUAUUUUUGUUACAACGCACCACACUGACAAGCUAAGCCCGUGGCCGCCUUGGCUUCGUCAUGCAGUUUUCUGUGUCCUUUCCAAUGCUCUUACUACCAUUUAUUUAUACCGUAACCUUAUGAGCACUUUGCUAUAAACGAAUUUGGUAUGAUUUGCAAAAGAGUUUCACAUUGCGACAUCCUAGACAUUGGUGCGAGCAUAAAAAGGCAGCUGAAGGAAUUAUAAUACCAUCUAUAAAUGGCAAAGUCAUGUGUUCUUCACGUUCAAGUUACAUAUAUUAUUUCCUUUGGUAGGCAAUUGUUUUAAUGUUCAGGGGGCAUGAGUUUUUGAGUGCAUUGAAUGUUAUUGUUGUAACGCAUGGACACUUAAAAGAUGAAUAUUUAUGAGUCCGCUGGGUUCGCCGCCAAGAAAAUCCCAGGAGAUUGGACUUUGGGCUCUCCUAUUAAAAUUCCUCUCUCCUCUGAAAAUCAGCAGUAAGGAAUUAAAAUCAGUAUGGAUGCUGCGUAGAUAAAUUAUCUAAAUAUGCAGCUUAGAUGCAUGUAUGGAUGGCAAAUAUUUUCUUUGUCAUUUAACUAUAAAUUAUUGAAUGAGGCUGAGUAUGAAGUGAAGAAUUAAGCAGGUCUAUGAAAAUAAUUCUUAUAUUGGCCAAGGUAGAUAACAGCCUUCGAGAUCUGCAUAAUUCUUUACAUGGUACGAAAGCCAAAUUCAAUACAUGAAUUUUUUACAUGUAUUUCUCAGUUCUCAACAACCCUCUCCAUACCCUCACUAGAAGUACUGUCUUGUACAUGUAUCUUGCACUUGUGAAUAUAGAACCAUACAUAUUUAUAAGAUAACUAAGAUAGUACGCGCGCUCUGAUUGGCCGAGAGGAGUGUUUGCAUGAGAGUGUGUUAACAUGGUUGUGGUGUCAAGUUUUGCUUUUUUCGCGCUAAUCAUGCAAGCACGAAUUUGAAAAGUUUUCGAGUUCAAAACUCGACAACUUUACUUUAUUUACCCAUUCCUCUGUUGGCUGAAACUUGGAAAAUUGUUACAAAGAAGGUGUGUCAGUUUUUUUUCACUUAAGCUGACAUUUUAAAAGCGAGAAAAAUCUGUAUUUUGAACAGCAUCUUUUUGCAAAACAAGAACUGAUUAUGCGUGUAAGACUUUGUACAAGACUUUGCGACUGGUAAGAAUUUCUCUUUUAAUCAGCAUCAUAACAAACAGUUUUGCGUCUUUUUUCGGGAAAGUUAUUUUAUGAAAGCAAUAGAAAACUUUUUUCCUGUGUUUGCAUAGCUUGAUAUAAACACUCGAGGGGUUGGGAGAAUUCUUGACAGUUGUCUCAGGUUUGCAUAACUGUCUCGAAUUCUCCCAACCCCUCUCGUGUUUAUAUCAGGCUAUGCAAACACAAAAAACUUUUUCUAUUGCUUAUAUCUACCAUGCCAAGAAAGCAGUUAAAAGAUUUUAAGGUAAACCAGGACUUCUGUAUUCUCUUUGCAGUGGCGGCCUCACCAAUGAACUCUACAUCUGCUCCCUGCCAAAUUAUUGUCCAGUAAUAAAUAAAGAAAAACGAAAAGUUCUUCUACGCAUUUAUGGGCCACUCUACAGUGAACUUGUCAGCAGUUCCAGUGCACUGAUCUACAAUAUUGUAAUCUUCACCCUGUUGUCUGAGCGGGAAGUGGGCCCAAAGCUGUAUGCAGUAUUUCCUCGUGGUAGAUUAGAAGAGCUUCUCCCAGUAAGUUUUUGCAUAUGACAAACACAAACUUUAAUAGACACUUCCUAGAUUUUCUUUAACUUUUGGUAAAGACCAGUUAGCAGUUAUUCAUUUACACUGCUGGAAAGAGCACUUUUAUUAGGAAACUUCACAAGUUUAAGCUUAAAGGUGAGCAAAGAUCAAUAUUAUUAUUACCCACAAAGCUGCAAAAUUUUGCUGACUUUUGUAUCAUAGAGGGCAUGAACUUGAAUUUGACAACUUUGCAGAACUAUAUUUUUGUUUGUUUUCAACAAAUCACAUUCAAACUUGGCAUCUUUACUAACAUUGUUUUAGGGUGUUCUUUUCAGCUGCAUUGAUGGAUUUUUACUAACUGGUCCAAGUCGAAGUUGAUAAUUCUUGAAGGGGCUUAUUUUAUUCAAGUCUACUCUAUUUUUCUUUUAAAGGGAAAAUGCCUAGCAUCAAGUGAACUGGCUUGUCCCAAAAUCUCUGUCAGGAUUGCCCGAACACUGGCAGAGUAUCAUCAUAUGGAGCUUCCACUCUCCAAGGAGCCUGUGUUCAUGUGGAAAAUAAUGUCUGGGUAAGAGCAUGGUGUUAGCCCUGUAUAUUAUCAUUAAAUGUAACAAGUGAUAACCACAGGUUAGGGAGUAUGAGUUAUUUGAUUUAUGUUACUGUAAUAUUAUCCUUUUCCCUUCAUGGGGCUUUCUAGUGAUAUUGGAACAAACAAUAUAUAUAGAACAUAACAUGAUUAAGAAUCCCAACUGGCAGGAACCGAACCAGUUGGCUAUUUUACAAGCAUGGCUGAGGCUUUGAACUUGGGACUACCGAGAAUAAAUCAAGCUGGCGGUCAGAACAGGACUUGAACUCGGGCCUCCAAAUUACAAGUCUAGCACUCAAGCUGCUUGUCCACACACCCUUCUUUGCAUAGAUUUUAGAUAUUAUUUUUGCAUGUAGUAGUCACCUUUUAAUUUUACAUGGCCUUAUUGCAAUUUUAUGGCCAGCUCUAGUGAAGAAAGCAAAUUAAUUAGGUUUGGCUGAAUGAAUCUAUAUGCUACAUCAUUCAUGCAACACCUAAAAAAUCACCUAGUUACAUGUAGUGAAAAUUGUUUGUUGCUUACAUGUUGUUAUGUUAUCAUUAAUAUCAUUAAUUAUUGUAGGAAGCCAAUGCAGACUCUUCCCUUGAUCUUAUUUGUUAAAAAAAAAAACAACAACCAAACAAUGGAAAGGAAGCUCUGGUAGCAGGAUUCAAGCUACAGUAUUUGCUUUUCCAUCAUCAGGCAAUGCAUCAUAUCUCCUGAUUUGUGCAUGUGUUUAUUAUUUACUGUAUUUAUUCGAAUAAGCGCCCAACCUUUCUUCAGAGUAUUUUACAGAAACCUUGCUUUGUUACUUCUUCGCGUUCUGUUAUUAGCAUUGUUGUUUUGUUGCAAAAUAAACAUACUUCACUUGCUGAAAGUGGUGAAAAUUUAAUAAGCGCCUAGCCUCGAAUAAGCGCCCAGGGCGGUUAAUCGAAUAAAUAUGGUAUUUAUAUUUUACUCGAUUCAACAGAUUAUCAAAAUGAUGUUAGUACAAAAUUAUGAAUGGUGAUAUCUGGAAAAUCAGAAUUCUGAACUUUGGCUUUUCCAAACAUUGGAAUUCUGGAUUCUAAUGUCAUUUCCAAACAUGGGAAUUCUGGAUUUCAGCUUUUCCAAAUAUUGGAAUUCUGGAUUUGGGCUUUUUUCAAACAUUGGAAUUGUGUAUUUUGGCUUUUCCAAACAUUGGAAUUGUGUUUUUUUUCCAGACAUUAGAAUUCUGAAUCGUGGCUUUUCCAAUCAUUGGAAUUCUGGAUUUUGUCAUUUCCAAACAUGGGGAUUCUAAAUAUUUUUUUAGAGCUCUGUUUUUUGGGUUUUCCAAAUAUUGAAAUUCUGUAUUUUGGUUUUUCCAAACAUUGUGUAGUUCCAGAAAAUAUCCAGACCCCCACCACGGAGGGAAUUUUAUUUACGACCCCCCCACCACCCUGGAUUUUCCAUUUUUGCAGGGAACUGAUGGCCCCCCCACCCCUCUGGAAUUUCCACAAGUAUGACAAAGACCCCCCAGCCCCUCUGGAAAAGUCAUUUUCACAAAGAAAGACUAUUACCAUAGGGGAAAUUGAAGCCAUUUAUGGUAGUACGCAACCGUUUCCGUCAGAAGCUUGUAUGCUUCUGUUUCCAUCUAUUUGAGCGAUCUCGCAACAUUAAAACACACUAUACGCCACAGUGAAAAAAAUCUGCAAUUUUUGCUCAUCCUUUACUUUAAAUGAAACAGAUAAAGUUAAUAAGUUCCUUUUCAUUUUCCCUUAAUUUUGUGGUUGAAGGUGUGGCAUGUUAGUGAUCAAAAUCUUGCUGAAAUGGUGUCGAUUUCACCAAACAUUACGGCCAUCGCGAAUCACGUCGCAUUAGUCGAUCGAAAAACAGUAAAUUGAACUUGGUUUCCCUUUAAGAUGCAGGGAGUAUUCAUUCUUAUCUUUUCAGAAUUCAGAGUUUUUAUUCUUCUCUUUGUUUUGCCUUAAUUUUGUGGUUGAAAGUUUGACUUGUUCUGCAUUCCCGCACGAAAUGGCGUUAAUUCUAUCAACAUUACGCCCAUGAAGACGAAUAAUAAAUCGUAAGCUUGCCCUGAUUAAGGUAAAAUUCGCAAAUAUAACCAGAAUAAAAACUCUUCAUUCUAAAAUGGUUACAAUGUAUAGCUUGUGCUUCGUGAAGCAAAAUUGCGACUCUACUGUUCUUCAAUCGAUCGAUCGACUGACGGAUCGUGAUGUGUUGCACGUGUUGAUGUCUUGAGGGAGACUGGUAACGAGUAAUGGUGGCCGAAUAUACGAGCAUGCGAUAAAACGAGUUCUACUCGGUCUAGUUCCUUUGAAAUUGCAUCCAGAACGCUUUUGGAAGAAAGGAAAUUUGGUUAAGAUCAAAAGAAACAAUCUUAAAUGAUAUAUUUCAAGUUAUUUAUGUCCUAAAAAUGAUCUACCAGGUCGGUAAGAUGCAAUGUUCGAACUAAGGUCGAAAACGAAAUGAUAUUGACCCCCUAGCCUGGAAAGUAAUUUGAUUGUCCAACCCCCCUCCUCUCUGGAAUUUCCUGGGUCUCUGACCCCCCCACCCCCUUAGAAUUUCCAAUUCCCUCCGUGGUGGGAGUCUGGAUAUUUUCUGGAACCACACAUUGGAAUUCUAUAUUUUGGCUUUUCCAAACAUUGGCAUUCUGGAUUUUGGCUUUUCCAAACAUUGGAAUCCUGGAUUUUGGCUUUUCCAAACAUUGGAGUUCUGGAUUUUGGCUUUUCCAAACAUUGAAAUUCUGGAUUUUGGCUUUUCCAAACAUCGGAGUUCUGGAUUUUGUCAUUUCCAAACAUUGGAAUUCUGAAUUUUGGCUGUUCCAAACAUUGGAAUUCUGUAUUUGGUUUUUUUCCAAACUUUAGAAUUCUGUAUCUUGGCUUUUCCAGACAGUAUAAUCCUGGAUUUUGGCUUUCCCAAAUAUUGGAAUUCUGAAUUUUGGCUUUUUCAAACAUUGGAAUUCUGGAUUUUCUCAUUUCCAAAGACUGGAAUUCUUGAUUUUAGCAUUUCCAAACAUUGUGAAUUCUUAAUUUUAUUAUUUUCAAACAUAAUUUGGACUUUUCCAAACGCUGUCUUUCUGAAUUUUGUCAUUUCAAACGGUGGAACUCUGAAUUUUGGCUUUUCCUGGCAAACAUCAUAGUGACAAAUCAGUAAUAUGAAUGAAUGCGAUUUCUGUUGAUGCUGAAGUAUAAGCAGAAUGCAGUGGGUUUAAAGCAAAACGUCUCCACUGGAUUCAAGGAAUAUUGUAGAUCCAACUCAGUGUUUAGGCUAUGUUCCUGAUCAGAAGGUCCAGACCAAUAAAAUAUUAUUAUGUCUUGUCAGUAGUCUCUUGUUAGUAGUCGCGAAAUUGUAAUGUUUUGCUUUUGUUGGAAUGCUAACUACUAGUGUAACUGGCGCAUUUGUUCUUGUUUCCAGUGACGGUUUUAACACUUUGCAGUUUCCUGCAGUUUCUGGGGUGGAAAUGAAAAUUUAUAAGCGAUCAUUGCAAGCUCUCCUUUCUUUUCCCACCUCUUGCACUUGUGUCUGCUUUCACGUGAGUGUGACCCUCAUGUGACUUCUUGCGACUCUCCUAAAUGGAGAGCUUGCCCACGGACUAUAUGAAAUCAGGUAACAUAGCCGGUCGACAGGCCUACCUAGCCUGUGUAACAGAUGGAAGUAGUCCAUUUUGCAAAACAGCGCUGAAAUCCUCGUCUCAGCAACAACCUUUGUACCAGAAUUUGAGUAUGUGCCAUGACUGGCCUGUUAAAAAUGCAUUGUCGAUUUGCCAAUCAGGUUAAUGGGAAAUUAAAAAUGCCUUUCCAGUAAUUUGCUGAGUCCGUUGAGGGGGUGGGGAGGGGGCAGAACAUGGAUAUCGAUGCUGUGUCAGAGACAUUACUACAUUACGCCUGUGACGCAGGCUAGGCUUACCCUAUGUGGUCAAUCAAAUUACUACAACUAAAGAGAGAUUGAAUUUAUCUUUUUUGGUAGGUGGUGUAAAGAAGUUGAGGAACUGCAUAUAAAUGAACAGGAUAAAGCUGUUACAUUGGCUAAGAUAAAAAGCAUGAAUUUAAUGGAUGAGUACUACUUUUUAAGGUACCAGAAUUAAUGAUACCCAAGAUAUGUGUCACACUUAACCAUUGCACCUCCAGAAGUAUCAAAAAUUCAACAAAAUUUCCAAAUUUCAGUUUCUAAAAUACAGCAAAACAAAUAGUACCAUAUGGAACAACUGCUGCCAAAGAGUUUCAAAGGGGAAUGGUCACACCACAGACUCAAGAAUUAGAACUACCUCACAAGAAUCCACCAUUCACUCCUGAUUAUAAAUAAAUGCUCUGUUGAAAGAACCGUACCUUGCCAUUCAAUUGCCUCUGCAUGUGUGCAUUUAAUGCCUUUAACUCUGGAUCUGGAGGUCUGGGGUUCAAGCCUCACCCAUCACAUUGUUUCCUUAGACAAAGAACUUUACACAACUCUAUCUCUCUUUACCAAGGUGUAUAAAUGGGUACCAGUGACAUACUGCUGGGUGGUAACCCUGCAAUGGACUAGCAUCCCAUCCAUGGCGGAGUAGUCUAGUGAUACUCCUGGGCAUGCUUCAUGCUAAGGAAACUGGGAUAAGCUCUUGCUGUUUGGGCCUUUGGCUGGUGUGCACCUUUACCUUUUUACUUUUUACUCCUUUGGGCAGCAUUGUCGUAUAUAGCAUGGUGCAGUUUGACAGUUUUCUACAGGAGCUUUUGGUCUAUUCAUUGCAGCUUUUCUUCAGAACACAAACACAUAAUGGUAGAACUUAAAGGGCAAUUUUUAGGAGAAUCUAGUAGUUUAUCAAAGUUAACUUUGUGCUUGUUUCUACAUGUUCCUUCCUUGGAUUCUUUCAGGAAUUAUUUGGAAAAAGCAACCACACCAGGCCCAGUUACAUUUUGCCAUAAUGACCUUCAAGAAGGUUUGUCACUAUAUCUUUUCCAUAAUAUUUUUGUGGGUGACAAGAGGAGCCCGCAAUCCUAAUCUCCAGGUUAUUAUGCAUGUGUCACAUGUAUGUAGCCAGCAUUCCUUUGGGCUUCCACUAAGAAUGAAUGGAAUGCACAGAGUGCAAUUUGAUCACGCUUGUUUCAAACCACAAAUAACUAAGAUAGUAUGCACGCAAAAAUAUUUCAGUUCUCUUCAAUAAAAAGUAGAAUGUAGUUUACUUUUGAACCUUAACGAUCAACAAACUGAUUAACCCAUGCAUAGCUCAAUGAAAUACUGGAAGUCUGGAAUGUUCACAGUCCCCUAUUUGUGCACAAGAUCAUCAAAAUUGAGUGCUUUGCAUUGCUGGCAGCCAUCUUGGUUGGAUGAGUGUCAAAUCUACUUAGGGGGCUGGGGAUGGUUUGGAAGGAGGUGUAAACCCCGAUGCCCACCCCUUCAGUACAUAUGAAACCAAGAUGGCCACCGAUACCGGUAAGUGCUCAAUCCUGAUGAUCUUGCAAAGAAAUAGGGGACUGUGAACAGUCUAUUAGAAGUCUAGUCUAACAAGAUACAGAAAAAACCUGCAUAUAAGAACGUAAGUUUUUUCAAGCUAGGCUAAGAAGGUUCUUAUAAAAAUGGUGCUAACUGGAAAACUAGGCCGGGUUCAAACACCACUCCACUCAUGUGCCGAACCUAACUGAUGAAUUAAGUACGGCAAAAGAGUAGUGUAUGAAUCAAUUUGCUGCAGUAGUUUUAGUUAGGUGUGGCAAAAGUGUUUGGUGCGACAAAAGUUCGACAGAGUCUGUCGAACUUUUGUUGAACUUAACUCAGGCUCAACACAUGGUGCACCAUCUGGAUCAGAUGUCGCGCCAGUGUCACUCCAAAGUCGAACUUUUUCAGUUAUGUUUGGUACAUGAAACGUAUGGUGUCUGAACCAGGCCUUAGGCUAAUCAGGUUUUUAAACAGGUUCUUUUUUUUUUUAGUAAAUAAGGUGUUUGUCAUUGGUGGGUGUGGCCUAUUUUGGGCCUAUUUUUGGUAUUGCGUGCAUAAUAUGUUAUAAAAAUCCCUUUCACCCAAGCAUGUUAAAGCCAUUUAUGAAGGAUAUUUAGAUCUACAUGCCAAUUGUCUCAUUGACAGGGUUUUAUCUUCAUUAUACUAACUGGUAGAGCAUAUUCUAUUAAAUUGUGUAUUCAGUGUUUGACUGAAUUUCUCAAAAUAAGAACCGGUUUUAAAAAUUAUUGUAGGCUAAAACAGGUUCCUAAAUGGACAAUCUAAGCCUAACAGGUUCUUAAAAUCUAGGUUCUUAUAUGUGGGUUUUUACUGUUUAGGUAACCAAUGAGUUUCUGGUGGUAUACAAUUGAACUCACCACCAAGCUAAAUGUGCUUCAAAUGAUACUAGAACCAUGCUUAGCUCGAUUGCUCAUGAAAUAUUUGAAUUCUUAUCCAAUUAGACACAGUUUAAACCAGUGGUAUGCUAACCGAGUCACCAUACAACCAACAGUGCUAGCUGACAAACUGUUCACACCCGCUCCCCUACAAAUCAAUUCUAUUUACAUCUUGUUUAUUGCUCCUACUGGGAGAACUACUUGCAAAUAUUAUUUUGAGCAUUGAUCAAUCAUGUUUUUACACAGGAAAUAUUUUGAGAAUCCCAAAAGAUGGGCAGGAGAAUAAUGAGGAAGAUAUGGAUAUUAUGUUCAUUGACUUUGAAUAUAGUGCCUACAACUAUAGGUAAAUACACCAUAAUAAAUGUGCAGGACAUCAAAGGAAUAACUUCUUUUAUGAGAUAACUAUUCAUUACGCCUGGUUUUCACUAGUGCAUAAGCAUAAGCAUGAGCACAUAGUCAUUUAUCUUAAGCAAAUUUUCUUUUCAACUUAAAUGAUUUAGUAACAAGAAUAGUGUCCUUAUUUUAUGACCCAAGCAUUUGUGUAAAUAUUACAUAAACAGACCACAAUCUUACUUGCUGUCACCUCUGUCACCUCUGUCCCUUGUGUUCCCUUAUGUCCCAUGUCCACUCUUGUCCCCUUUGUCCACUCUUAUUCCCUUGUGUCCCCUGUCUCGCAUUGUGUCUCAUGUCCUGUUGUGUCCCUUGUGUCCUCUUGUUUCCUCUGUGUCCCUUGUGUUCCCUGUAUCCCUUGUGUCCCCUUGUGUCCCCUGUGUCCCUUGUGUCCCCUGUAUCCCUUGUGUCCCCUUGUGCCCCCUGUGUCCCUUGUGUCCCUUGUGUCCCCUGUGUCCCUUGUGUCCUCUGUAUCCCUUAUGUCCCCCUGCUUCCCGUGUGUCCCUUGUAGCCCCUUGUGUCCCCUGUGUCUCUUGUGUCCCCUGUGUCCCCUUGUUUUCCCUGUCUUCACUUGUGUCCCCUGUGUCCAGUUGUGUCCCCUUGUGUCUUCUGUGUGCCCUUGUGUCCCCUCGUCUCCCCCUGUGUCCGCUGUGUCCCCUGUGUCCCCAUGUGUCUCCUUGUGUCCCCUGUAACUACUAUGUAGCCCCUCGUGUCCCAUGUCCCGUUUUGUCCCCUUUGUCCAUAUGUCUGUGUCCCUUGUGUUCCUUGUGUCCCCAGUGUUCACUUGUGUCCCCUGUGUCCAAUUGUGUCCCCUCUGUCCUUUUUGUCCCCUUGUUAGCCUGCGUAGCAUGGCGGUUUUGUCGGCCGAUUUUGUCGAGCCGGGCGCACGAGCGGCCAAGCCGCGAGAAAAAUAAAAACCGCCUGCCCGGAUUUGUGGCCUUUUCAACUGCCGCCCCCUUCAACUCAUUUUGACAUCCUGUUGACAACUUGUUUGGUUUCGGUUUUCCCAGCCAAUCAGAAAUAAAGUGUUGACAGCCUAAACACGACACAAAAGCUCGUGAUAUAAUGUAAAACGUGACCUUGGCCGGAAUUGGAGUUUGCUUAAACAAACACAGGAUUUUUACUUUGUUGCUAUCUCGCACAUAGGUGACUACACUGCGUUCUAAACUUGACUGAGUAGAUUUUAUUUUUGCUGCACUGAAGUCUUACAUUUAUUUAGAGGUCAUGAAGUUGGUUUGUUUCAUACAUAUUGAGUAAUUAUUUCCUGUGGUUAAUGCUUCUUUACGUGUUGCUGAUUAGAAUUUGUUGAUCUCAGAUGCAGUUGUAAAGUACCAGGAGAUGGGCUCCUGAAAGUACUAGUUUCUUUGACCACUCUUAAAGCCUAAAGCUUUUUAUUACGGCUAAAUAAAUAUUUUUGGCUUCUUUGGUCUUUUCCGAGUAAAAUGCCUGGAUCUGGAUAACUACAAACCAAGGAGCCUUGGUUUGUAGUUUCUUUGUCCGUGAAUGUUUUGACGCUGGGCCCGGCUGUUUAAGUGUUGUUUGCAGGAUGUUGUGUUUUUACGUAUAGCGCGAUCUUCAGAUUUGAGUUGUGGCUUAAACGUAUGCUACACCAAGUAUGGAGAAUUACGCUGUGCGUCUUUCUUCUACUGUAUGCGAUUUAUCGACCACAAUCGCGGACAUCAUUCAAUGUAGCGCGCUGGAGUGCGUUAUUCUCUAACUCUGAGUAAAUAGAGAAAAUUGAGGUGGACUUUCUCGAAGCAAAUUUACUGUUUCUGUCAUAAGGUCCAUUGCUGUACAGCUCAGCGACAACAUUUCUAAUAUCUGGUCGUCUAUAGUACUUUUUAGAGGGGAAAUUAUGAUCAUACAGGUUUUCAAUGAGGAUAUUUUUUCUUUGGCCAUAGCAAAGACAGUAAAGAUCAUGUUCUUGCCAAAACUUGUUGACAAAAUUUCCAUGACAUCUCUCCUUUGACGAAGGCUGUAAAUGGCCAUUUCCUGUUUAGGCUUCAAUUCAAUUGCCCUGUUUUCCCGUCAAAUAUUCCAGAAUGACGACGCUCCGGUCAACGCUUCUUUGAUAUUUUGAUUUUGUUUUGCGGAGAUGAUUUGUUCAGUUCCUCGAAAAUCUCCCAUGGGAGAUUACUAAAAUAUUUGAUUGACGGGCGAACGUUCUGAACCAAUCGGAACGAUCCGUACGCUGGCAUACGGACCAACUCAAAAAUGCCCCCCGUCCGUGCAGGCGGUUUUUCAAGUUGCUCCCGCCCCAAUCUCCUUGCGGUUUCUCUGCCCUCGCCCGCCUUUAUUACUUAGCGCGCCCAACCAAAACCAUCAUGCUACGCAGGCUAUCCCCUUGUGUCCUCUGUGUGCCCUUGUUCCCUUGUGUCCCCCUUUUUUUCCUUUGGGUCCCUUGUGUCCCCUGUGUCUCCUUGUGUCCCUUGUGUCCCCUUUGUCCCUUGUUUGCCCGUGUUACCUGUGUCCCCUUGCUUCCGCUGUGUCCCUUUGUGAGCCUUGUGUCUCCUGUGUCCCUUUUGUCCCCGUGUGUCCCUUGUGUCCCCUUGUGUCUGCAGUCUCUUGUGUUCCUUUGCUUUCUUGUGUCUUCCUGUGUCCGCUGUGUCUUGUUACUUUGUCUUCUUGUGUCUACCUGUGUCCGCUGUGUCCUUUGUGUCCCCUGUGUUCCCUUGUGUCUCCUGUGUCCCUUUGUGUCCCCUGUGUACCCCUGUGUUCCCUGUGUCCUUUUGUGUUUCCUGUGUCCCUUGUGUCUGCUGUCUCCCUGUGUCCCUUGUGUACCCCUGUGUCCCCUUGUGGGCCCUGUUUCCCUUGUCUCCCUUGUGUCCCCUGUGUUCCUUUUGUCCUCUGUCUUCCUUGUGUCCCCUGUGUCCCCUGUGUCCCGUCUCCCUUGUGUCCCUUGUGUCUUCUUGUGUCCCCUUGUGUCCCCUGUUUCCUCCUGUGUCCUCUUUGUCCCCCUGUGUCCCCUGUGUCCCAUCUCCCUUGUGUCCCUUGUGUCUUCUUGUGUCCCCUUGUGUCCCCUGUUUCCUCCUGUGUCCUCUUUGUCCCCCUGUGUCCCCUUGUGUCCCCUGUGUCCCAUCUCCCUUGUGUCCCUUGUGUCUUCUUGUGUCCCCUUGUGUCCCCUGUUUCCUCCUGUGUCCUUUUUGUCCCCUUGUGUUCCUUGUGUCCCCUAUGUUGCUUGUGUCCCCUGUGUUCCUUGUAUUACCCUGUGUCUCUUGUGUCCGCAGUGUCCCCUGUGUCCCUUUUUGUCCCCUAAAUAUAUGGUGGCGUUGCCCUUGUUUCUCAUAUUGUGCGAAAACUUUGAUGGGUCUCAUUGCUUUCAUUUGACAUCAUGCAAGGUUUUUUCACACGCCCAGGAGGUCAAAGGAUGUGAUUUUUUUAUGAAAAUAAAGAAUCGGAACAAAAAGUUCUGCUUGACUUGUUUAGAAAAUAAUUUGUUUAAUUUGAAAUAAUCAACUAACAGCUCACUGGUUUAGUAAUUUAUGCGACCAACUUGGAGGCCCGGGCACCCCAGCUAAAAUGUUUGGGAGCCUGAAGGGCUCUUCGAAAAUUUUAUUUUGGCGACCAUCUUUUAGGCCUGGGCACCCCAGAUAAUGCUCGGGAACCUGAAGGGCUCCCUUAAGAUUUUCUUAGAGCACAGCCUUGCGUCCUGUAGUUAUUGGAAGUCUGAUAUAUUACAUGCUGUUGUUGAAUGCGGGAGUGCAUUUAUUGAGGAUAUUAGUAAAGCUGGAAUUCAAACUCAUAUGGUGGGAAUAUUGAUGCAAGUUUUGUUUUGAGCAGCAAAGGAACCCUUGUGUGCAACUCAUCCUCUAGUGUAUUUAACAGAACAUCACAGUUUCUGCUGCACACAAUUGUUGUUGAUACACUGCUCAACCUUCCAAUACCUUUCAACAUAAUUCUUACUUACACCAACAAAUCCCGCGUAAACGCCUUCUUGCGUCGUCUUUUUUCAUAUUAUAAGGUUGUAAUUUUUUAGUUCAUUUAAUGGUAAUUUUUGUUGUGUAAGUGUUGUCGGAGAUUGAAAUGAAAUUAAUAAAAAUACGUGACUAAUUUCUCAACAUUCACCCACUCUUUUACUGGUUUUCUUUUUUCCAGGGCUUUUGACCUGGCAAAUCAUUUCUGUGAAUGGAUGUCCGAUUACAGUGUUCCUGCUCCUUCAUAUUUUUCCUUGUCACUGAGCAAGUAUCCCAGUAAAGAGCAACAAGUGAGUCAUGACUAAGAUUACAAAUAAUGUGGCCUGGGAGUUACCUUCCCACUAUGAACACAAAAUACAGAAAUGCAUUAUAAACCCUAGUGAUAGUCACCAGCAUCAGCUUCCUCCAAACAAUAUCAACACGUAAUCAAGAGAAAAUGUUAUGAGAUUUGUGAAAAUUGUCAUUGAAUGGAAACUCUUUAUCUUUUACCAAAUGCUUUUGACUUAAACUGUGAGAGGUUUGAACCCAGGAGUCAUUUCAUAAGUAGUGUGAGCAUGAUCAUCCGGGUGAACGUAGUCCUGAAUAGGACUGUUGUUGUUGACAGUGACUGACGUUUCGACAACCUGUGUGGUAGUCAUUCUCAGAGUCAAAGUGAGCGGUAUAAUGUCAGUUGAUCGUAUUAAACUCUGGUUAUUGAUCUGAUUGGUCAAUUCAGUCGCGAUGUUAUUGGUCUUCUGUCAGUUAAGCUGUCAUGUUAAUCACAGCGUUCAGGUGAAUGUAAGUUUUACAAAGCUAAGCAGCCAAAAAUGUCGACCCGGAAUUUUUCAAAAACACUUUUAGUAAGAAAUUUAUAAAAAUCAGCGCAAUUCUAGAUUGGAAGUAUGCCAUCUUUUCGAAAUUCUAGUUCUAGCAGUUUGUGGUUUUGUCCAUAAACCUAGUAAACAGACUAGUGUCCAGACCCUGAGAGAAAAAGGUUGACAGAACUCAGAUUUUCUUUGUCUCGCCUGAGGAAUUGUGUCACCCAACGAAAAAUACGUCAUUCACACAAUCAAGUUUGUUUUACUGACAGCUGCUGUUUGUUCGGGCUUACUUGGGAAGGAAUACACCCAUUAAUGGAACAAUUUGUGCACCAACGAUAGAGGAAACAGAGUUAUUGGAUCAAAUCGACAGGUAAUGCUUUAAACGCGACACCACCACAAGUUUCCCCAGGAAACGAGCGGAGAAAUUCCAUACUGGCGACGUGUCACUACCUAGAUCUGGGUAGUGCAUCUGAUUGGUUAAAAAUUUGCUUUAACCAAUCAGAAGCACUACCAAGAUCUGGUCAUCUGUAUGGUGUUUCUAUGCUCGUUCCUCAGACUUUAUUUCCUUGGGAAACCAGUGGUGGUGUGGCGAAAUGUCGGCUGUAUUCUCAGGCGUUUUCAAACACUCUUUCAUCUGUCUUGCAUUUGCAGUUUUCAUCCACGUUAGAGGCGGGAGGGGGGGUCUAAUACAGUACAGUAUUGGCCGUUUUCUCUCAAGAGAUGGAUCAUCUGUCUCAGAACCUUUAUUUGUCGGAAAAUUGUCGUUAUGUGAAAACGAGAGGGUGGUUAUUUCGACGAGUAAUCUUUCUAAUUUUAUGCGUCUGGUUAAUUCGUUUAAUUGAACGGAUUUUGUUUCAGAAGAAUUAUCCUUUUGAGACGGAUAAUCCAUCUCUAGUGCAAACAUGGCCAUAAUAAAAUUUAGUGGCCUUAAAUUUUGUCAAGCUGUUUUCUUGAUCGUGUUCGAGACUCCGCAUCUUAGUGGCUCUAAAUUACAACGUUAGAAGUUUUAAGGAAAUAAAAUUGUGUUGCAAUAAGCGUACAGUCGAAUACCUCUCAUAGACAGAAAUAUUCCUUACGCGUCAUGCACGUGCAGCUACAUAUAAUCGCCACUCCUAUUUUAACCUCGCUUAAGCUGACACUUUUGCUAGUCCUGGGGUUGUGGUUUAUACACUUGCAGCAGGUUUCCACAGUACCGCAAAUGAUCGCGGGCCGAAUAUUUCGUUAUUCCUCGGCGUUUAAGCAAAAGACGAGUUUCCUGCUUAACGUCCUUCCAGGACAGCAACGAAACAUCAAUGCUUAAAAGAAAGGAGAACAAAUUGCUAAAAGAAGCAGUACGGUUAUUUAUCGUUUUAUUCAUUUCAUUGACUUCCGCGUCAGCACCAUUCACCAUUCAUCCAUGCCUAAAAUCCAUUCCAUUCCUCUACUUUUCAAGGGAUCAUUUGUGGUCGACUGUGGGGAUCAUUUGAGGUCGACAGUGGGGAUCAUUUGCGGCCCAUUUAAGAUUUUGGGAUCUUUUGGGGUUCUGUACAAGUUCGAAUUAACUUUGUCGCCUAUGGGGCAGACCAUUGGAAAAGUUAUGGCGGUGAUGGUGAAUUUUCGUGAACAUUUCCCUUAUUUCUUUAGUUAGUUUUCCUUUUCCUUUUUUGUACUUCGCCUACCCCUCCCCCAUGACUUUUCUAACGGUCCCUCCCUAACUGGUCUUGAAAACUUUGCCGGCCGGGUAUUGAAGCCAGUAGUAAACGGAAAAAUAGUUGAAUGCAUUGUAAUGAAGGUUCUUUUUUAUUACUAUUAUUAUCAAUUAUUUUUUGAAAAAUACAUUGAAAAUGAAACAAAAGAAAAACAACUAAUAAUUUCAAUACAUACACUGUAUACUAGGACACUAUUUUAUAUUUUCACCAUUGGCUGAGACAUAGAAAUAAAUUUUACAAAAAGGAUUCAACAAAAUAACUAAAAAGGGAAAAGAAUGAGGGUUCUUGAAAACCACAAAAUGGCUCUUUGACGAAAACAAAAAAAUCGGUGAGGACGCAGAAAACACAAAACCUUAUUUCGAGAACACGCGCGUCAGUGAGUAAUGUGCGCUGCUGAAAGACUUCAGGCUUGUGUACGUGUUUUAUCGAAAUUAAACGCACGCACUGGAAUGUUUCGUGCACAGCAGGUAACAAGUUCGUUUAUUUGCUUAUUACGGAAGUCUCUAACCCUUUUAAAGUAAAUAACAAACCGGAAGUCUCUAAACCUUUCAGUUGAACUGAGUUCUUUGUACCGCAAAGCCACUAGUUCGUAAAUAACAAGAAUUGUGGCAGCUGCGGUAAAACGUUUAAAGCACAUUUAAGAGUGAUUUUAUUGAACGGUGAAAUAGGUAGUAGAAUACUACGCAUUAUUACGCACUAAUUCUUUUGUCUUCUUUUGUUUACCUCUAGCUAUUUUGCAGUGUAAGUUAGUACCUGUUUCACGGUUCAAGUAAAAUCACUCUACGUGCAAAUUGUGAUGUAAAUAAAUCAAAAUACGUUUCAUAAGAAAGAACUAAGUUCGCUGGAGAUGUUGUAAACACUACUUGCCUUGAUUAGUCUCCCGGUUAGAGGAUAUUGUUUUUGACCAAUGUAAUGUUGAAUUUACGAGUGAAACGAAAUGAAAAGAAAACACAGAAAUAAGUUUUAUAGUUAAAAUUACGGUGUUAAAACACCGUAAUUUUAGUUUUUAUCUAUAAAAGUAAUUUUAACUUAAAAGUUCAUAAUAAGGACGCGAGGAGGGGGAAGAAGUCUCAAUGCUUGAAAAUCGUGCAUGAUAGACCAUUAACUUCUUCUAAGGAGCCCCAAGAAUUUCGAACCGAGCACUUUAUCCUCGUAGGAGGUACACGCCACAUUUCAGCGAGAGUACAUUAACUGAUAUAAUUGUAUUAAAUCAAAGUGUUGAUUUCUAUCGACUGUGAUAGUUGAUUCGGGCUUUUCACCUCGUAUUGACUAUUACAAAAAGCUCGAGUUUGUUUGCUUAUUGUUGGGUAGAAGGUGCGAUCACACCGUCUCUGAUUUCACGGUUGAAGUAAAAUAACCCUAUAGUCUUGUAACGUCUCCACUUCCUUGUGUAUGUUGUUUUUAUGGGUCGGUUGAAGUCGCAGAUAAUUUUGUCAUUUUAAGCGCUUCUUCGUAACGCGGUGGCGGGUUUUCAUCAUCAGAGCCAUCAAUAUCUUCCGUCCAAAAUCCCGCAUUGAAUUGAGAAGAAACUUCUUGUGCAUUUUGAACUACGGUGAAAUAGUCAGGCAAAACUAACGAAGAAGCUUCACCAAACGGCGAACGGUGAGGAGAAUGAUGAGAAGGUGACAAUGGAGAUGGUGAUUUUUCCAAGUCUUCUGCCGGAAUUCUGGAUACAGCAACUUCACUUGAGCUCUGUUUUCUCCGUCUUUUGUGGAAAAAUAUUAUGGUGCAGACACCGCCCAGAAAGAAUAAACCGAUGAAUAUACCUCCACAGACCUUUGCUGCCAGUGAUUGGCUACAUUCUUCUACCCCCUUUGUCCUGCAGGAUUUUGACAGACCGAACAAGAUAAGCAUAAACGACAGCGCCACAACACACGAUAAAAUUAGAAAUGCGCAUAUUAUGAUAACUACUCCAGUUUUCCCCGUCCAACAAAUCGACCAUCUGAAGGCUGCUCGUCCAUUAGUAGCCCUCUCUGCCCGCGUCACUGACAUAUCAUCCAUUUUCCAAGUCAGUAGUGUUUAUUUCAAGCGAAGUCUUUAGUGUCGUUUAAAUCUUAGAAAGUUGUUUUUCCUUUUUUCCUGCCCCUGUUGUUAAGUCAAAUCCUUUACAUCUUCCGUUUUGCUUGUACUCACGUAGAGCUUGCGGCAAAUUGUAAGCUCAAAUUGAAUUAAGUGAAACUUAGUUUUGAGGAAGUCAAGUACACUUGAGCACUUGAGGUUAACCUAUUGCCCCUAGCCAGUUAAAUAUAGGGCCACAUGCAAAUUACGUAUAACGUUCAAGUUUUUAGACGAGUGCUUUAGUGUGACCAUCCAAUUAAAACCUCCUUGUUGAUUCUUUCCCGUGGAAUAUUUUUCCAGUUUACUUUACAGAUUGCAAUUAAGGAAUUUUUAGGCGCUCUUUAUACAGGUCCUCUGUCAUCCAAGUUCAAGAUCUCUGAAUUCAUGUGACAUUUUCGACGUAAUUCGCUUUGUUUUCGUAGUUUUCUUCUGCAUAACUUUUCCUCGGCCGGAGGUACUCCGGUUUUCAAUUUUGGCGAAUGAGGAAUCAAUGCAAAACCGUAUUCCUCGUGACGUAGGUUGUGCGUCAAACGGCUAAUCGAAACAAACUGUGCUUGAAAUUCAGCGUGCAUAAUAUUGUUCAAAUGAGGCCUUAAGCUGCGGUUUAAAAAAUAAAAUUGGAAUCCAAGCUUUCAUAAGGGACGAGAAAAUAUUCCGCGGCGCGGAGCUAUAUAUAUAUAUAUGUUCAAAACAGGUGUAAGGUAAAAUUUGUAAAAGCGGUAAAAGCGUAAAAAUGAUGUAAAGUAUGGUUGAAAGGUAUAGACGUUAAAACUUUGAAUAAAAUACAACAGUAUAAUGACCGAGUGUCUUUAGACAAAGGGUCUAGGUUUGUAUUUCAAAUUUGUUAUUUCUAUACAUUUUAUACCUACUAGGGCUAUCCGAGCCCGCGCGCUGGGCACUGGGCCACGCUGUCUCUCCGAAGAGAGACUAGUGAAAACAGGCUUGAGUGGCUUUGAAGGUAGCAUGCUUGCUUUCCUAACAACAUCCCCUAUAAUUGGUCAAAGUCAAAAUUUGACAAAAUUUCCAAAUUUCAUUAUUAAAAUGCAGAAAAAUAAGUAACUUCAGAUGAAACUACUACCAAAGAGCUUUCGUUUGAACGGUAUCACCGCAGCAUUCUCUCCAAAGACUCAAAAGUUGUAACCACCAGUCUCCAUCAUUCAUCCUCGAAGUGACAUGGCUUGCCAUCUGCAACGUCAAGAUCUGCUGCAACCCACUUACCAGUGUAUAUUAUAUUUUCAGAUUUGUUUUGGCGUCGCAUUUCUUGUAUGGACUGUGGGGUGUAAUACAGGAGGGCUUCUCAAGCACUGGUAACAUCAUGUUCAACUACCUGGUAUGUUUAGCAUCACAUUAGAGACUUUUAGAUUUGAAGACGACGACUACGACUUUGCAAAGACUUCUGGGAUUGUUACUGGGGACAAGGAAAAAAUUGACCAAUAGCUGACCGGCGCAUCGCCAGUAACCAUCCCAGAAACAAUUGCGGGAUGCAUGUCGGGCCCAGCUCCCUUCUCGUUUCUAAAGCGGCUAAUGAUCAGCGUCCAGUUGUUCAAAGGCCAAUUAGCGCUAACCCGGGGUUAAACUUUCAUCCGGGUUUCUUUUUCUUUUGUUUAAAGGCAUUUUCUCUGAUAAUUUUCCCUAUUUGUUUUUAGAGCAUACAAUCACCAAAUUGUAGACCAAAUGAAUUAAACUGAAUUUGCUUUUUAAGCUUUUAUAUCUGAAUUGAAAUUUCGCACUAACACCGGGUUAUUUUAACCCAGCUUUGACUAAACCCGCCCAGGUGUUUUUGUAGAGAAGUGAACACUCCCGACCACAACAGCUCCCUAACUUAAAAGCUGAUGUACAGUUUAACACCGGUUUUUAUGCGAACAAUGGACAAAAAGUGGUCAAUGAUUGCUGAGAAAGAUAUUACCGAUAGUUCUUUCGAAUCCUUCAGUCCCCAAUAUCCACGAAGAAAUUCUCCAGACUGAUCUCCAUACAUUUCCUUAAAGAUUUAGUUAAGAGAAUUUAAAAGAAAAUUAAAGCAUUUUCUCUUUGGUAAUUAAGAUUGCCAUAACCUGUUGUAGUGGUGUACGGAUAUUGUUAGAAAAAAUUGAUGUUGUUCACUCUUGGGACUAAAAGGUUAAGCCUGGUCAGUUUCCACGUGAUCGCUGCGAUUGCGGUGCGAUCUAUCAAAGCGAUCGUCUAGAAACCUGGCUUAACCCUGUAAACCCUAAGAUUCAGAGUGUAUAUUGUCUAUUAAACUGCAGAGCAGGCGUUUGUGAACGGAAACUCAGAGGUACAUUGAUCGCGGCCGCCAUCUUGAAAAGCCAAGAAAAAUACUACGGGAGGAGGGGGGGAAGACGAGAGGAGAAAACUUUUUCGUUCCCUUCCCCCCCCCGCCCCUUAAAAUCAGUUUUGGAUUCGUCCCAACUCUCUGGUAGAAUUGACGUCCAAGAUGGAGGGACAACGUCAUUCCCGAAAACAAAUCAUGGAUCGUGCCCAAAUACGCCUAUUGUCUUUACAUACCCCUAUCAUACUGAUGAGGAGUAUAUAUUUGUUUAACAGUUUAUCAGGACUUUUCAUCUGUUGAUUUUGUCUCUUUUCUCUCACGACCGUAAUGUUUUACUAAGAAGUGUUACGAUAGGGAGAAAUUCAAUGUUCGCCAGUCAUAGGGUUUAGAGGGUUUAGAGAUGAAAAGAACUUGUCCUUUGAUUAUUUGACUUUCUUCCUUAUUAUUGUUUCUUCCAGGAGUAUGCUGUGGCGCGGUUUGAAGCUUACGUACAACAUAAGAAAAAAUUGGGUCUUAUUUAAUGGGUUCUUUGUGAAAUGUUUGAAUUUAUUUUUAAUCAAGGUCGGAACUGAAAAAUUUCUAUUUGGAUAUUAAGAUUAUUGAUGUAAUAUAUAAAACAUAGCUUUUUUUCUUUCUAAUUGAAUGCGAAGGGAAGAAAGGGGAAUGCAAUACAUGUUUAAUCGCUAGAGGAGACGACUUGCCAACGAUCAUGGCAUCCUUCGACCUGAACGAUUUUUUACGAUCAUAAUCAAACUUAACAAGUGUAAAUGAAUAACAAACGUUAAAAGGCGAUAUGGGGUAUUUUGACUGUACAUUCGAAUCCCGAUAACUAGAACCUCCUAGGGAAAUCGAAGAAAGUUCGAGUUAGCGGGAGUUGGAAGGAAAUAACCGGAAAUAAGAAAGUAGGUAAAUGGAUGGGGAAGGGAAUGCAAUUGAGCAACAAAGUAUACAGGGAUAGAGGCUGAAUUUGAACUAGAGUGACAAAAAAGUAAAGACAAAGCAUUGACGCGGUUGUUUUGAAAUAAUUACAGUCCAGUGUACGGGUUUUUUUGCUUGACUUGUCUCACGCUCAUUAACAAAUGAUCGUCAGAAUCUGAGCAUGCGCAGUACGUGAAGUAGCUCCUUUAAAUUAUAUAGAAGUGAUCUGAAGGGAAACAAAAAUUACUUCGAGUUAGCGGGAGGGUCGAGUUAUCGAGGGUUCAAGUUACCGAGGGUAAAAUUACAGUAAAUGUAUGAGGGAAAUCCAGGGGAAAUCGACUUUGGUUCGAGUUAGCAAGGGUUCGAAUUAUCGGAAGUCAACUGUAUUUAACAAUAGGUACGCUUAAUUAAUUGUAGUUUUUAUUUCGAAUGAAUGGUUGGCGUGAGCGAUUGCUUCUUGCUUUGGUUAUCAUUCGCUUAGGCUGAAUUUUUAAUGAUAAAUAAUUGAACGUUGUUUUAAGUGGUUAAUAUUUAUAAUAAUUAUGAUAAUGAUAAUAAUAAUUACAGUAUUUUUUGUGUAAAGGCUGGUUUUCAAAAGCGUCUGAGUCGGAAUCGUAAGCGGAGUGGUAAAAAAGCGCUUAUAACCCAGUGAAAAUCAAAAAUCGGAGUCGUAAGGGGAAUCAUAAGCGCGACGGAAACGGAGUAGCAAGAAUCCAAUUAAUUCCGACCCCGCUUACGACUCCGUCGUUUACGAUCUAGUGAAAACCAGUUAGUCGGCGUCGGAAGCAGAAGCGGAAGGAUAAACCAAUCACAAUGCACGUUUCCACGCUUUGUGAUUGGUUUAGUUCUUCCGCUUCUCCUUUUGACCUCGACAACCUAGUUUUCACUUGGUCGUAAACGACGGAGUCGUAUUCGGAAACAGAACUCUGUUUCCGAAUACGAUUACGACUCCCGACUCCUACUCCGCCGUUAGUGAAAUGCAGCCUUGAUUUAGGCAUUUUGCCAUCAUCCUAACUCGACUUGUAGUCACAACUGUUCUUUCCAUUGCUUUCAUGACAAUAGCUUUUACACUCUUUAUGCCUUCUCCCAACACAGAUUUAUCUCUUGCACAUUUUUAAAUAUAUAUAAUAGUUUAAAAAAAAAUCAAACAAAGCAUACAUAGCAGCAACAAUAUAUCAGACUGAAGACACGGUAAUCUGAAGACUGAAGGGUUGACAAAAACCAAUGAAAAGACGAUAAGAAUUCAGUGUAUUGUAUUAAUGCUAAUUAUUUUAUACUCUCUUAAAAUGAAAUUAUGUUUCAAUUUCCAGCUGUGUUGCCAUCCUUAUUAACGAC